AUGACGGAAAAGGGUUGGUGUGGACCAGCACCCCAGCAUGUCAGAUGCGAGAAGCCUGGCAACCUGGCCAGCAUCCCUUUCAAGACCUGCAUGGCGGACGCCUGUUGUGCUGCUUCUUUACUCGACUCGGCCAACGACAGGCGUCAGAGGCAUGCCCGGCUGAACAAAAAUAAGCCCAUAUCAGACGACGGGCCACCAGUGAAACAUGACGCCUGGACUGUGCCGCCGGGACAGGAUGGCCCAUACCCCCCAUAA